GACGUGUGGGAUGCAUGGGAUGGGGUGAGGUGAAGUGAAAAUCAGAUGUAAUGACAAACGUGAACAAGGUGGGAAUCGCGACAACAGAAUAUUUCCCUAUUACUUGAUAUGGAAAACAUGGAGAAUUCAAGUUCUUCGCAUGCGUUUCCUUCCUUGAUCCUGGCUCAGGCGCACCGCGCCGAGAUCCUGGAAAAUCCAUUUCGGACUUAUCUCCUGGGAAUCAUCAUCUCCAUAUGUGGGAAUGUCCUCAUCAGUAUUUCACUCAACAUACAGAAAUAUGCCCAUGUACGUCAGGCUCAGCGUGGCUCCAAACCCUACUACACAUCCGCCAUGUGGUGGUGCGGUGUGGUUCUCAUGGGUGUCGGGGAACUGGGAAACUUUGCCGCCUAUGGCUUUGCUCCAGCAUCGCUCAUAGCCCCACUGGGCUGUGUGUCUGUUAUAGCCAGUGCUGUCAUAUCUGUGGUUUUCCUCAAAGAGACGGUGUGUGCCUCUGACAUUGUGGGUGGCACCUUGGCAAUAACAGGAACGUACCUCCUGGUGACCUUUGCCCCCCACACUUCCACACACAUCACAGCCCAUCUGGUGCAGUACUAUGCCAUCAGCUGGCACUUCCUGCUUUACCUAUUUAUAGAGAUCAUCAUCUUCUGCCUUCUGCUCUAUCUGUACAAGAUGAGGAAUGUGAAGCACAUCGUCAUUGUGAUGCUGCUGGUGGCCCUGCUCGCCUCCCUGACAGUCAUCUCAGUCAAAGCUGUGUCAGGGAUGAUCACAGAGUCGAUAAAAGGCCAGCUGCAGCUCAUCUACCCCAUCUUCUACGUCAUGCUUAUUGUCAUGGUUGCUUCCUGCGCCUUCCAGAUCAAAUUUCUCAAUCAGGCGAUGAAAAUGUUUGAUGCCACAGAAGUGGUUCCGAUCAACUUUGUGUUUUUCACUGCAAGCGCCAUUGUUGCAGGGAUUGUGUUUUACCAGGAAUUUGAAGGCUUGGCUUUGCUGAAUAUUUUCAUGUUCCUAUUUGGUUGUCUUCUGUCCUUUCUCGGAGUUUUCCUGAUAGCUCGAAACAGGCCAAAAAUAAAGCAGCAAGAUCGCAAUUUUAUUGCAAUGGAUAAGAUUCCUGGGAGAAGGCACGCAGACAAAGUUCAGCCCGAGGCAAAGACUACAACAUACGGAUCACUGGCAGCCAAACUUAUGUGCAACAGAUCGGGCCAAACAGACGAUUCAUAGGACCAGCUCCGUCUGCUCAGACUGUAAUUUUGAUGCAUUUGUGUGCGCUUGUCUCUCUCCUCUUGGUUUCUUUAAAAUCUAUUUAUAGAAAGAAUUGACAGCCAGUGCCAGCUGAGCAGCAGUAUUGGUGACCAUAUUGAUUUCAGAAUUUAUGGUUCAAAGUGAUGAGUACCUCUCAUUACGCCAUUUGUGUGUUAGUAUUACUCCCUACACAGGUAACAGGAAUAUCUCAUGAGGAAUCACUCCAAAAUGAGAAGCAGCACCUCAGGGUGAAAGGUCAAUAUCAAAUGCUUCACAGGCAACAACUGUUGAAGGCAGUGAGGAGGCCACUGUGACCAAGCCUAUCAGUAUAACAAGGUUCAUGUUAAUGAGCUGAAUAAACUGCUCUGUGUGUUCUGCUGUAAAUAAAUAAGGACAAAAGUGU